CUUUCCUCACUGACUUCCGUUCAUUCUUAGUAAGACUGCAAGCUUUUCUCAGGUGAUCAGCUUAUCGCCCAUAUCUGCAACUGAACGACAACAUGAGCCUGCGGAAACUAGGUCUGAAAUGGUUUGGCAGCCUAACCAACCUCACGUUUCGCCGCUCGACCGAGAGAUCAGACUCAAAGUCCUGGAAGGGGAAGUCUGGUGCUGAAGCAGGAAGCGCACCAGGAGAUGACCCUGAAUGCUGUCCCACCGCGGCAGCCGCCCUGAGUCCAGUCGCCGAGACCACGGUGGACGACAUGGGGGCCAUGCGUCCUCGCACUGCCAGCUACGUACGCUCCAGCGAGAGCUACACGCAUGUGGGAACAUUGCCUCGGCUUUCAAUAAAGAAGAAGGACAAGAAUAACAAAGAAUGCACCGGCAGCAAAAAAACUAAACACAAGAGUGGCAUCAGCAGAAGUCAAAGCCAGCGGCCUCUGGAGAGCCAAAGCCAGGGGUGCCUGAGACACACACGUGUCUCAGUGAAAGCAGAAAACCAUCAGGAUGCAUGUAAACCUGACAACGAUCUCGACCCAGACCCCAAAACUGACCCCAAGAGUCUCCUUGAACCUGAGAGAGAAGAUAAUCCAUCAAACAGCCCAAACAUCGAGUCUGGUUCCACGGCUGCUUCUGGUAAUAUGUCGCCAUCUGGUGGCUCCAGUGUGGAACUACAACCAGAGACCCAGACAGGCUUCAGCCCUGAAUUAAUAAAGCAAACAUCAUCUGAUCCACUGAUGCAAGAGAUUAACCAAACCCAUCACGAGGAUCAGCCACUGGAGUCUGGAGGUGAAGUGAAGGAAGAAUCCUGCAGCACAGACCUGAAUGAGGGAGCAGAGAAAGGAGACCAUGCCUCCAAUAGCCCCAUGGAUUAUCAGGCAGAAUACGUCCAGUUCUCCAAGGAGAAGUAUCUGCUGGAGUCUCCUCCUGAGAAACUUCGCAAGGAGCUGGAGGAGGAGCUGAAACUGAGCCCGGCUGACAUCAGGAGCCAUGGCUGGUACCAUGGCCACAUUCCCAGAGAGGUGUCAGAGACUCUGGUUGUGCGUAACGGUGACUUCCUGGUUCGGGACUCGCUGACCAGCGUCGGGGACUAUGUCCUGACCUGCCGGUGGGAUAAUGAGGUGCUGCACUUCAAGAUCAGCAAAGUUUUGGUCAAAUCCAAUGAGACAAAGGUGCAGUAUAUGUUGGAGUCCGACAGCUUCGACUCGGUCCAGGAGCUGGUGCGGUUUUACAUCGGCCAGCGCAAACCGGUCUCCCAGUCCAGCACCGUCCACAUCUACUGUCCGGUCAGCAGGACCCUCCCCCUGCGCUACCUGGAGGCCACCUUCGCCCUCGCCAACAGCAAGCAAGGCUCCGCCUACUCGCCGUCCAGCCAGAGAGGGGCGUACAUCAAGAGGCGCAGCGUCACCAUGACGGACGGGCUGACCACUGAAAAGAUGAUACCUCACAGUGACUCAGACAGUCCCAGUCCAGUUGAGACUCCAGUGGCAGCACCAGAACCUGAGCCGGAUCCUGUUCCCCACUGCAGCCCAUCGACAAUCCACCACCAUAAAGAUGCAAUGCGAAACUGUGCGAUGAGCAUGGACCAGAUUCAGGAGUACCGCUGCCCUCUGUCCCCCGUCGGCGAGGCACAAAUAUCUCCUGCAUAUUGUGCGAUCACCAGACAGCGAGCGCACUCAGGUGGGCGGGUGUUGGCCGUCGUCCCCCCCUCGCCGGUGAUGCGCCGCUCCAGCGAUCCGCAGCUCAGCCCGUCAGCCGGCAGCAACCCCGCGGAGCACCCGGCGCACGGCUCCCACUCGGCGCACUCGUCGCCCGCCCACCAUCAGAGCUACCAGGCGCACUCUUCAGAAACCGCGGGGAGCUACUGCGACCUCAGGCCCUGCCCCGCCGGGCCGCCCAAACCCCCCACCAAGAGCUACGUGGAGCGACUGCGGGUGGAGGAAGGACGGCAGGAGGGCGCGAGAGAGGAGGGGGAGGGCGUGUUCAGCACUCCACAGGUGGAGACUGCUUCUUCCUUCAGGCCGGCCAGGUACGAGUCUUGCCUUAUGCCAGCUGAGAAUAAGCCCUUGGAGAUGUCUGUGCUGAAGCGAGUCAAGGAGCUGCUGGCCGAGGUGGACGCUCGGACUGCGGCGAAACACAUCACCAUGGCGGACUGCACGGUUGCUAGAAUAUUUGGUGUGACCGCUGAAGUGCAAAGGAUGAUGGGAGUGUCCUCAGGGCUGGAGUUACUGACACUACCGCAUGGACACCAGCUGAGGCUUGACCUGCUCGAGAGAUUUUACACCAUGUCCAUCAUGGUGGCCGUGGAUCUCCUGGGCUGCACCGGGAGCACAGAGGAGCGGGCGGCCCUGCUCCAUAAGACCAUCCAGUUAGCAGCAGAGUUAAAAAGCAAUAUGGGCAACAUGUUUGGGUUUGCUGCUGUGAUGAGAGCUCUGGAUCUUCCUCAGAUUUCCCGCCUUGAGCAGACGUGGGUCACUUUACGCCAGAGACACACAGAAGGCGCCAUCCUGUACGAAAAGAAACUGAAACCCUUCAUGAAAAAUAUGAAUGACGGCAAAGAAUCGAGCACCCUGUCCAACACGUCUUUCCCCCACAUCCUUCCCGUGCUGUCUUUGCUGGAGCGGGGCUUGGCUGUCGGGGAGACGCUGGAGCCCUGGGAGAGCGCCGAGGUGGGAGUGGAUGUGGUCAUGUACCACCUGGAGGCAGCUCGUACCAUCGCUCAUCAUGGCGGCAUCUACAGAAACAACACAGAGACCAAAUUGCAGGGUUUUCAGGAACGAGCGGAGAUACGCGAGAUCUUCCAGACAGAGUUCCAGAUGCGUCUGCUGUGGGGCAGCCGCGGCUCCGAGGGCAGCCAGUCGGAGCGUUACGAGAAGUUCGACAAGGUCCUCACCGCCCUGUCGCACAAGCUGGAGCCCCCCGUGCGCCACAGCGAGCUAUAGCCCCCGCCCCGAUGACGGGACUCUUGGCUUUGCACUUACCGCCCGGAGGUGGUAUGGUCUUGUUUUCCAUCGCGAGGGACAACGGACGAGAGUCCAGCCCGAACACUGACAGAAGCGAGGGGAGACGAAGAAGGCAGCUAAAAGAGGACAUUCAGCACGGAGCGAGAAUCCAAAUACGAGAGCCUCACUUGAAAACGUGUUGCACUCACUGUAGACUCAGAAUCCAGUUUCUUCUGUGGAACUUCGACGCUCACUGCUUAAAAUAUUUAAAAUGCAAAAAGGAGAGGAGAGAGGCGAAGUGGAACAGAUGGUAGGAGAGAGAACGGUGGUCAACUCUUCCAGUACAAGCGCCGACACGUGUACGGUGAGCCCGGAGGGCCGGACGGAGCCGGAGGAUCUGACUUUGCUCCUGCAAACCACAGAAAAGCAACUCCUGUCGCACACUGUAGCCGGAAAAACGACAAUAACCCCACAUAGCUCAUCUAUAGAUGUUUAGUCUGUGUGAGUGAGCGUGUGUGUGUGUGUGUGUGUGUUGCUCAGUCCAUUUACGUUCCUUCAUUUUUGUACAUCAUCAAUAUUUCUUGUUUUUUGUUUUUCAGUCCUGUUUAUUUGUCCCAAAUCGAAGAAUCUCCACUCAUUGCGGACAUUGCUACUUAAAACUGGUGAGGAUCUGUCAGUGCUCAUUGCGAGGGAGCCCUCGCUCAUAAAAUCUCAUUAAAUAUGUAUCGAACAGUCCCAUUGAAUCUCAUUAAAAAUGUAUCAGGCAUGCAUUAAUAAAUGUAUCAUAACGAAACAUUUGCAGAAGUAAUGCAUCGACUUCAGUGUGAGGGCUUUGUGAGUUGGUUAAAUUGUUAGAGACCAAAUUGCACAAAUUGUAGCUUGAAAACAGCAGACAAAAUGUGAAAUUUGCCCUCUGAAAUUGAGCUAAAGCAAUGUUUCACUUAGUGUAGAGGCGUUUCUGAUCAUGGUCUGGUCCGCUCUCAGGUUGAGCAUUCGAAGGAAUAUUUCAAAUGGAUCGAUGCAUGGAGCUGUAAAUGUUACACCAACUAAAAUGUUGCUUUAAUGAUCAUUUAAAUAGAAAGCUGUCAAACCGAAGAAAAACGUGCAACAGGCAUCUUUUAUAUUUUGAUUUUUUUUUUUUUUCUGUUGUCAGAUUGAGAAUUAUUAAAACUGACAGAGAUUGUCCUCUGAUUGUAUGUUCUCGCUUUAUGUUCCAGCAAUAGAGCUAAAAUUGCCAGAAUACUUUUUUUUUGUUUCAAGGAAUUGCUUUUUGGUUGACCGGUCAGUGUUACUACUGUUGCUGUAUUAAGAGCGUAGAAGCCUGAGAGGGCUGAAGCCAUCUGUCAGAGAUAUGCAAUCAUAUCAAUAAAGGGCUGACAUCCCCGAGGAGCAGACACCCAUCCAAGAUACUGUUGGAAUUUCAAUUUUUUGAAUUGUGGGUUUGCCUGGGAGCUUCAGGAGGGGCUCAUCAUUCUUUUUUAUUUUUCUUUUUUUAUUUUUGAGAAGAAACCUUGAUGAAAAGGUGUAAGCGGGUGGUAAAAUCUAAACAGUUUUUUAUUAAAACUCACAUUUUCAGAAAUGGAUUUACUGUGAAAGGAAACACAAAGAGGAAGACAAAGAGGCAGACAAUCUCACACUCUCGUUUAACCUCAAAUGCAUUCAUGGCAAAUAGGAAAAAUCCGGAGAACUCAGAGAUAGCCCAUGCAUACAAAAGAGGAACAUGAAGACACGGACCCUCCGAACUCCGAGAACCUGGGACGUAAACAAUACAGUGACGGCUGUGUAAAAUAUCAAACAGUUCUGAAAAUGUUACUUUCUUUGUCAAAGUUGCCCACUGGACAUCCUAAAAUUAACAUUUAUAAUUUUCCAGCAUAUUUUUUUUUCUUGUCUGGGUGUCAGCUGUUAAAGGUCAGAGUUCAAGGGAGCAAGGAUUCAUGUGCCACUUCAUGCUGUGGUCCAGCAGGGGGCGUGCUCUGGUCAGCAAAAAAGAAAAAAAAUCACUGAAUUGUAAAAUUGAAGUCUUGAAAUGAAGAAAGUGUGUGUUUUGAGACCAAGAGGAUGCCUACUGGUUUAGGUUUGAUUUCACUGAUGGAGAUGAUGGAGGGAUUUGUUUUUACUUGUCCUCUGCUGAGUGAUGUACAGAAAUGCUCCGACUUUCACAGAACUGUAUGAAAUGAGUUUGAAAAGCAGAAAAACGUGAAACGCUGAAAGACUGAUCUUGUGUUUUUUUUACGUACUGUACAUAGCAAUUCACUUUUUUUCAAAUAAAAUGAUUGCUUGUGUCAA